AUGGACGCGCUCCGCACCGCCCUCCAGCCGGUGACGCACAACCUGCCGGCGCCGAUCCGCGACCUCGGAGUGUCGCUCAUUGGCGACGCGUGCUACAAGACGCUGGUGUUGGACGUGGACGGGAGCGACUUGGCGUGCGUUAAGUUGGCCGUCAGCAAGGGGCUCGGCAUCGGCAUCGUGGCGGCGUCGGCCGUGGUCAAGGUGCCGCAGAUCGUCAAGCUGGUCAAGUCGCAGUCGGCCGCCGGCGUGUCGUUCCUGUCGUACCUGCUCGAGACGAGCGCGUACCUGAUCGGCCUGGCCUACAACGUGCGCAGCGGCUUCCCCUUCAGCACCUACGGCGAGACGGCCCUCGUGCUCGGCCAGAACAUUAUCAUCACGGUGCUCGUGCUUAAUUUCACUGGCCGCGCCCCCUACGCCGCCCUGCUGGUCGCCGCCCUCUCCAUCGCCUCGUCCACCCUCUUCACCGAGUCUGUUGUUGAUAUGAAGGCCCUGAGCUACCUGCAGGUCGGCGCUGGCGUCCUCGGCGUCGCGAGCAAGGUCCCCCAGAUCGCCGCCAUCUGGAAGCAGGGCGGCACCGGCCAGCUAAGCGCUUUUGCUGUCUUCAACUACCUCAUCGGCUCGCUCACGCGUAUCUUCACGACACUGCAAGAGGUGGACGACAAGCUGAUCCUGUACGGCUUCAUCUCCGGGUUCGCGCUGAACCUGGUCAUCGCGCUGCAGAUGGCCUACUACUGGAACAGCCCGUCGGCCAAGGUCAAGGGCAAGCAAAAGGAGGCGCCCGUCAAGGCGGCGGCGUCGUCAUCGGCAACGACUCCCCCAAAGAGCAAAGGCCCGACGACUCGCCGACGUGGUUAG